GUCCAUCAUGCCCUCCUCAAUCCCUUCUCUCAUUGUCUGCGGCUCCCAAACAAUUCCUCCCUCACGGGAUACUCUCGAUAAUCUUGCCUCUUACCUGACGAAAAGCCCAAAUCCAGAAUUACAGGCCGUACGGGAGGUAGUAUUAGCUCUUCCGGAGCUGUUGGCUAUACUGAAAGCUACCCAGCCCCAGUUUCAGGAACUAUCAGAUGAGCCUAUUAUCAGUUUGAGGGAUUGGUUUCUGCAUCAUGAUACCGACAGUGAGGAUGGGAAUGAUAGUUGCAGUCUGUCAUAUCUCAAGAUACAUGAGACGCUGCCUAAUAUCCUCCUCGCUCCGUUGACGGUCAUAAUACACAUUGCACAGUAUUCCCAGUAUCUUGACGGUCUCGGCUUAGAUGAUAGUCAUGAUGCCCAUGCCCACAUACGGCAGUCUACUACUUCUCAGAAUACAACAGACAUAGGACCAAAAUUUCAAGGCCUCUGCAUCGGCUCGCUAAGUUCUGCGGCGCUUGAUGCCUCGCCAACGCGGACGGUACUCGCGCGGAAUGCUACAGCUGCUCUGAAGCUUGCACUGUGUAUUGGGGCUUAUGUUGAUUCUCAAAGACUGGCUGGUUCUGGUUCCAACUUCUGUUCUGAAAUGGUAUGCUUUAUUGCUCGGUGGGGAGAGGACUGUAGUAGAAAAAUGGUGGAGGGGAUGUUGAGUCGGUAUUCUGAGGCCUACAUAUCAGUUGAACUGAGCUAUAACAGCAUUACCAUCACGGUACCAAGCGGCGACAUGCCCUCUCUCCAAGAAGACUUGAGAAGAGAAGGCGUGCGAGUGGCAAGUGUCCCAGUUAAUGGGCGGUAUCACAACAAGAAUAAUAAUUUGUCUCUACAAAGUCUACUACAAUUAUGCUCCUCUGAUCCUUCUGGUCCAUUCUGGGUUCCAUGGGGGCAGGAUAGACUAGAAAGCUGCCUGCGGUCAAUACUUACGGAGCCGGCGAGGUGGUUCUCGGAUAUGUCGAAAACAAUCAAUUCAUUUACACCGUCAGCACAGAUUCCUAUAACGACUUUGGAGCUAGGACUUGUGGGUUGCAUUCCCCCACCACUGGCUGCGCUGCCGCAUCACCAUAUCAUCCGUGGAUCACUGUCCCCGUCCACUCAACCUUACACCUACCCAGAUACCUCAAUUGCCAUUAUCGGGGCAGCAUGCAAAUACCCUGGCGCGAACAGUCUAGAUCAGCUGUGGAAGAUCAUUGCGACAGGGCAGACAAUGUACGGCGAAGCUCCUCCUGGCCGAUUCGGAAAAGAGACUGUGACUGGCAACUUCCUCUCCGACGCUGAUCAGUUCGAUUAUGGCCUUUUUGGAAUAUCUCCGCGCGAGGCCACGUACAUGGAUCCCCAGCAACGCAUUGCUCUGCAGGUCGCUUACCAGGCUGUUGAAUCGAGUGGGUAUUUCGGCAGCUCUAAUUCAGACGGCGACGUUGGGUGCUAUAUUGGCGUUGGAAACUCCGACUAUGAAUAUAAUGUACACUCCAACACGCCGACAGCAUACUCAUUUACAGGGACGUCACGGGCCUUUAUCAGUGGUCGAGUCAGCCACUACUUCAAAUGGACAGGCCCUUCUAUCACGAUCGACACUGCCUGUUCCUCAUCCGCGGCAGCAAUCCAUCAAGCCUGCAGCGGUAUCAUUUUGGGGGACUGCUCUGUUGCACUAGCUGGAGGGGUGAAUAUCAUGUCGAGCUUCCCUGCAGACCAGAAUAUUGCAGCCGCGGGGAUGACGAACUCAACUGGACCAUGUCGGCCAUUUGAUGCAGAUGCGGCUGGUUACUCUCGCAGCGAGGGAUGCGGGUUCAUCGUGCUGAAGCGUCUCGCCGACGCUCUUUCUCAAGGCGAUCAUGUUCUUGGUGUUGUUGUGGCAACGGCGACGAAUCAGUCAGACGGGAGUAGUCCUAUUACUGUUCCUGUCUUGCGGUCCCAAAGUGAUCUAUACAGACGCAUUUUAUCCCGGGCCUCUAUGAACGCAUCAGAUGUCUCGUAUAUCGAGGCUCAUGGCACUGGGACGCAGCGAGGAGACCCAAUUGAAUAUCAAAGUGCUAGGGAGGUCUUCGGUGGCAGUGGGAGAUACCAGGCAAAUAGUCAUAAAUGCUAUAUUGGCUCCGUUAAGGCCAAUAUCGGGCAUACGGAGGCUGCGUCAGGGGUAGCCGGGGUUUUGAAGGUCUUGUUGAUGCUCAAGCAUGGCCAGAUCCCACCACAGGCAAGCUUUAAUAGUCUGAAUCCCGCGAUUCCACCUUCAGAGUCUCGUCAGAUAUCAAUCGCCACACAGCCGGAUCAGUGGAAAAGAAACUUCCGAGCAGCGUGUGUCAAUAACUAUGGGGCAGCUGGCAAUAAUACUGCCAUUCUUAUCUGCCAAUAUCAACCAAAAACGCUGCCCUCCUCUACAGAUACGACGCAAACCCUAACUCGCUACCCCUUUCUUAUAACCGCGCAGUCCCAGGCUAGUCUGAAAAGAUACUGUCUUGCUCUUGCUCAAUAUAUUGAGACAAAUUCAAAGUCUCUCUCGCUGGCUGCGAUUUCCUCCAUUGUUGCGCAGCAGCAGAAUCGCAACUUACGCCACCGUAUAGCUUUCUGCGCAAGGUCACUGCCAGAACUACGGGAUCUCUUAACAUUUCACGGCCAAGCUGCCGAGAAUACUUCGGUACUUCUAUCGCCAUCUCCCAGAAAACAAGUAAAGCCCAUUGUCCUGGUCUUCGGCGGCCAGACCGGCUCGAAUCUCCGCUUCAGCAAAGCAGUGUACGACUCGUCUUACUAUCUCCGUCAGAACAUGGACAAGUGUGAUUCGCUUAUCCGAAGGAUGGGGUUGCCCAGCUUGUUCCCUGAUAUAUACAGUCAAGAGCCCGUUGAAGACAUAGUAAAGCUCCAUAGUUGUCUGUUUUCGGUGCAGUAUGCCUGCGCUAAAGCCUGGCUAGACGCAGGGCUUUCAGUCCACAGGGUUAUCGGUCAUAGUUUUGGACAGCUAACCGCGAUGUGUAUUUCUGGCGUUUUCACUCUCGAAGACGCAUUAAGACUUGUUGUCGGACGGGCGAAUCUAAUCAGGGACUGCUGGGGAGACGAGAAGGGCUCUAUGCUCUCCGUCCAGGUUGACAGAGCCGGUGCAGAAGCCCUGGCGUGGUCAGAAUCAAACCUAGGAGACGACUCUAUAGAGGUUGCUUGUUACAACGGACCAAACAGCCAUGUUCUCGUGGGCAGCGAGCUGGCCAUCUCCAACGUAGAGAGAAGAGCAUCAACCGCAUCACUGGCCACCAAAAGACUCAAAACCACCCACGGCUUUCACUCUAAACUUUUUGACACCCUCAUGGAGCAGUAUUCCGACCUAGCCUAUACUGUUUCUUACCAUGUCCCCGUUAUCCCCAUUGAGACCUGCUCUGAAACUGCCUCCUGGAAGAUAUUCACUCCACAGCUGGUGACCGAGCAUUCACGCAGGCCAGUCUAUUUCUGCGAUGCGGUACUCAGGGUAGAGCGAGAUCUUGGGCCAUGUAUCUGGCUAGAAGCAGGCUCUGGCUCUGGGGCAGUUAUGCUAGCGAAGCAAUCGCUAACCAGCAAGUCGAACUAUAUUUGCGGACUGCAGCUGGGGUCACCAAAAAGCACAAAUCCAUUGGAUUCGGUUGUCGAUACGACAUUGGAGCUAUGGAACCAGGGAUCAUCUAUCCAAUGCUGGGCGUAUAAUCCCAGAAACCUGGUUCAUCCUAGUAAUUUCCCAGGUCUUCCAAGGUACCAGUUUGAUACAAGUCCACAUUGGCUCCCCUGUGCCACUACGGAUCAUAACAAAGGCAAAGGCCUAUCACAAGAAAUCGACGGGUUAAUCUCGCUGGAACGUCUCUCACACCCGGAACCCCAUGUCUUCAUGUUCGAACUUGAUCAGAAAGACGGGACCCUUGCACAUAUCCUCAGAGGGCGCGAGGUUCUGGGCGGAACUCUCUGGCCGCUUGCGCUGUACAUUAAAUUGGUUUCUCAAGCGGCCACUCUCCUAACAUCUAGCAUUCCCUCAGCAUCCCGUCUUAUACGGUUCGCCGGGUUGGAAAUCAAAACACCUCUUGGCUCUAAGUUAUUAAAUGGUCUUUGCUUGCGCUUGAAGCAGGUCGAAGCAUGGAGCUGGGCGUUUUCUCUCGAGAGUGAUUGCGCGCAGCAUGCCACAGGAACUGUCAUCGUGGACGAGCGUACCAGUAGGACCCCAUACCAUCUUUCCAGUCUCCCAGAUUUUGCUACCACCACCGCCGUCUUCUCAGCGCCUGGAGGCGUGGCUUAUAAGCUUCUCGAAAAGGUAGCAGAAUACGACACUGCAUACCGCGGCCUCGAGUCGAUUAGCAUGAACGAAGAUACAGCCAUUGCCCGAGUCCACCUUCCGUCAGCAGCGGGAAAUUCAAGAUUUGUCGGCAACACCCUUACUCUCGACCAGUUUCUUGUAGUUGCUGAGAUCCACGCCCUGAGUAUGGAAGACUCUAAACGUUCCGAGGUCUUUGCCUGCUCUGGCUUUGGCGAAGCAACUAUUUCAGCAAAUUUCAAGGGAGCAACAGAAAGAGACCGCAGUCAAACCUGGCAAGUCUAUACCAGACAGUCGGAUAAGCGGGGUCGAGAAUUCUUUUACGAUACCUUUGUGUAUGAGGCCGGUGAAGGCGAGGAAUCUGGGUCUCUAGCUUUAGCCCUAACCGGUGCGAGGUUCAUCAGGACUUCAACGAGCGCGCUUCAACAGGUUGUUGAACCAGCCAAUACUGUAUCAAAAUCUCCUGGGGCUGAGGAAAUUGCUCCCAGUCCGGACUUUUUGCAAUUUCAAGAGGGAUCCGCUAAUGUCUGGUCACUCACUGUGAGUUUACUGCACGAGCUUACGGGAUAUGCUCUAGAGGAAAUCUCGCCUCAGAUGAUCCUGGCAGAUAUGGGAAUGGACUCUCUAGCUAUUAUGGAGAUCGAAGCCAGGAUCAGGGAAGUAUUUAAGGUGGAUAUCCGCAUCAGCCCCGUCGAUAUGGGGAGCACUAUCGAGACAAUCUGCGAGAGAAUUACAGCACAGACAAGCCCGAGCCAUGGACUGGUUAAUGUUGUUGGCAAUUGGACCUCGAACACGACUUCAUCUUCAUCUCAGUGUACCCCUUCUUCCUCUUUCGAAUCUGACAGCGAUACUCAGGCUACGGAACUGGGUCUAGGCGCUCCAACCAUGGAAAAGGUAGCUAGGAUAGUGGCCACCCAUGUGGGCAGUGGGGAGGCCGUACUGUCCAGCUCGCGACUUCACAGUCUUGGCCUUGACUCUCUGGCUGUCUUGGAGUUGCAGUCGGAUCUUCAUGUUAGUUUUGGGGUAAGAGUUCAUUUGAUGCAGCUUGAUUACAGCCUGACAAUCAGUGAUUUGCAUGCGUUGGUGCUGCGUCGUGGCUUGCGUGAGAAUAUAUAUAACGGGGCUGUCUAGAAUUUAUACCUAGUUAUUUCGGUAAAGGCAUCUCCUAUUCUUAAACUUUUUGAUUUUAGAGCAAUGACUCCUCAAAUAUAUUUAUGUAUUCCACCAUAGAGCCACGCCCUCAUGCCCAUGGCCAUCAGGCAUUUAAUUAACUACAAUCAUCACAUCCAAUCCUCUUUUCCAAAGAACCAGGAAAAAAAAAAAAAAAAAAAAAAAAAGGACAGCUCAAUCACCUCAACACACCUCCAACGCCAGCCCACCCAAGAACAAACCCACUAAGCGCCUCCCCAAACACGCCACCGCCAAACCACACAUCCCUCCAAGCACCCUUCCUCAACCCAGUCCCCGCAUCCUUAACAACGCCAUCCUUCCUCACAACAAGUCCGUCA